CUCUCACUGUCCCCCACCUCCACCCCUCCCUCCUCUGUAUCCCCUCCCUCCUCCCUCUCCUCCCUCUCCUCCUCUUCCUCCUCCUCUGAGGCAGACAGGAGAGACUCAGCUCUCCCCCUCUCCUCCUCCUCUUCCUCCUCCUCCCCGCCCUCGUCCUCCCUUCCCCCCUCCCUCUCUCUCUCCUUGUCUCCCACCUCCUCUGUGGCUCCGCCCCUCCUACCCCUCUGCCUGGAGCUGGGAGCGCUUGGGGAAUCGGAGGGGGGGAGGCAGGAAGAGGAGGGGAGGAAAGAUGAGGAGGAGGUGAAGGAUAGGAGAGACGACGACGACGAUGAUGAUGAUGAAGGCAGCGCUCCUCCCACUAAGCUGGCUCUGCUGCAGACAAGCCACGCUUCCUCCUGCUCGUCUCCACGGCAACAGACAGGAAGUAGCACCGCUUCACUGCUCCUGGUUUGCCAGGACUCAGCGAGCCAACCCACCCAGCUGGCCAAUGAGACGCAGCGACAGGCCACCGGACAGCUGCCGUUGGUCCUGGAGCAGCCCUACGAUCACCUGCCUGCACCUGAUGCUGACUCCACCUCUGCCGCUGUCGCCAUGGAUACAACUCAUCUGGCGACGCCCCCAGUCCAGGUAAAGGAGGAGAGCAGGCGGGGCUACGACUCAGAGGACACCUGCAUGGACACGCAGCUGGAGGAGGAAGCGGAGCCCUGCGAGCGUGGAGGGGAGGAGCUGGACAUCUCCUUCGACAGCCAGUUUCCUGAUCUCAUCUCUGACCUCAUCACCGAGGAGGCCAAUCCCGUUGCAGCUCAUCCCGCUGCCAUAGCUGCCGCUGCGCCGAACCCGGCCGUGUUCCCGGCGGGGGUCCGCUACAUGGUGCCCCCCCAGCCCUCCCCCUCCUCGUCCUUCCUCCCCUUCCCUCACCCACUGCCCUCCUCCUCCUCCACCCGCCUCGCCUCCAUCACAGACUUUUCCCCUGAGUGGUCCUACCCCGAGGGAGGUGUUAAAGUAUUGAUCACAGGACCGUGGAGCGAGCUGUCGGGUCGAUACUCCUGUGUCUUCGAUCAGAGCACUGUCCCCGCCUCGCUGAUCCAACCUGGAGUCCUGCGCUGCUACUGUCCAGAUUCAGACAGACUGAUGGACUGUGUCUCUGUUCCAGCCCAUGAGGCCGGUCUGGUGUGUCUGCAGGUUCUGGAGUCCGGAGGUUCUGUUUCCUCUUCAGUUCUGUUUGAGUAUCGAGCGAGGAACGCCAGCUCUCUGCCCAGCUCGCAGCUCGACUGGCUCUCAUUGGACGAUAAUCAGUUCAGGAUGUCCAUCCUUGAGCGGCUGGAGCAGAUGGAGCGCAGGAUGGCAGAGAUGGCCGCCCGCGACAACAACCAGCAGCAACAUCAUCAUCAUCAUCAACAACAGCAACAUGGCAACCAACUGGCCACGCCCCCUCCCCCGCCCCUACCUGAGGACCACGAACAGUCCUCUCAGUGGUUUGAGAGGAGGAUUGUGGGAGUGUGUGAGAGGAUGAUGAGAGGAGGACGGUGGGGAGGAGGAGGAGGGGAGAGGCUUCAUCACUCCAUCCGUCACCGUGGGAUGACACUGCUCCACCUGGCUGCUGCACAGGGAUACACACACCUGAUACACACUCUGAUCCACUGGAGGAGUGUUAACAGCGACAGUUUGGACUUGGAACAGGAAGUUGACCCACUCAACAUCGACCACUUCUCCUGCACACCACUGAUGUGGGCGUGCGCUCUGGGCCACCAGAGGGCAGCAGAGCUUCUGUAUGGUUGGAACAGUUCAGCUCUGGGGAUCCCUGAUUCGCUGGGACGCCUGCCACUUGCCGUGGCCCGUUCCCGAGGCCACACGCGCCUCGCCACAGCACUUGAGGAGCUGCACACGCACACACACAUGACACCCAGGGACACGCACACACCUCCAGCAGACACACACACGCCGGCCACACCACAACCACAGCUGCCCCCGUCGCCUCUGUCCACCAGCCCAGACACAGGUCUGAGCUCCUCCAGCAGCCUCCCGUCCCCCAGCGACCCCUCCUCCCCUUCCCCGAGCUCUGCCUACUCCAGUGGCCCCGCCCCUAUGGACACCUCCCCCUCUCCACCUUCAUCUCCUUCCUCCUCCUCCUCCUCACUGCCGGUCUCCCCUCCCUCGCCAUCCUCCCUCCCCCUUUCCUCCCUCCCUCCUGUGUCUAUGUGGGGGGAGGAGCCGAACGCAGAGCCCAGCACAGGUUUGAACCCCAGCGGCUCCAGGGACUCUCCACUUUACCUCAUGGACUACGAGAGCGCCUGCCCCCCUUCGCCCACCCACACACACCCACACACUGCGGGCGGACGGCGAGCACAUACUGCAGUGACGCUAGAGGAGCAGCUGCUGAGCUACAGCGAGAACGCAGAGAAUGAAGGCGAGGAGGAGGAGUACCUGGAGGAGGAGGUGCUGCAGGUUGACAUGGCAACGCUGGCAGAGCAAAUCAUUGAGGCGACCCCGGAGCGAAUCAAACAGGAGGACUUCCCCAGGGGGGCGGAGUCUCCGCUCAGAGAGAGGCGGGACAACCCGGCCAUACAGGACACAUGGCUUGCUACCUACCUGGACACAGUCGACGCCCACACACACUCCCCACCCAGGCGGGUGUGCCCCCCCUCGCCCCUCAGCGCACUAGCCCUCCAGAGGCUCCGCCCCCCAUCCUCUGCGGCCUGGGCGGAGUUCCUGAACGCCUCGGCCAAUGGGAAGAUGGAGAGAGACUUUGCCCUGCUGACGCUGACAGACGGAGAGCAGAGGGAGCUGUACGAGGCCGCCAGGAUCAUCCAGAACGCCUUCAGGAGAUACAAAGGUCGGAGGUUAAAGGAGCAGCAAGACAUGGCCGCAGCCGUCAUACAGAGAUGCUACAGGAAGUACAAGCAGCUAACAUGGAUAGCUCUGAAGUACGCUCUCUACAAGAAGAUGACCCAGGCUGCCAUCUUGAUCCAGUCCAAGUUCAGGUCGUACUACGAGCAGAAGCGCUUCCAGCAGAGCCGGCGGGCGGCGGUCCUCAUCCAACAGUACUACCGCAGCUACAAGGAAUAUGAGCGGCUCAAACAGGCUCCGAGAGGCGCCGCCAGCCACAACCCCAAAAUCAAGGGGUCGUUCUUGACGAAGAAACAGGACCAGGCAGCUAGGAAGAUCAUGAGGUUCCUGCGACGCUGCAGACACAGGAUUAAAGAGCUGAAGCAGACGAGGGAGCUGGAGAGGAGAGGACUGACCACUUAAAGCUUUUCUUAAUCUCAUCCCUUCUUUCAUCUCCCUGGGGACACAGAGGACAUGAGGAGAGACAGAGGACACGAGGAGAGACAGAGGAGAGCUUUACUCUGAUGUACAAAGGGACAGAAACAAAACAAGGAAGUGAAGUGACUGAUAGAUGGACGGACGGACGGACGGAGAGAUGCCUUACCCCACGCCAACUCUUCUUAUUCAUCUUCUUCCUUCUUUUAAUCUGUCUGUCUGUGUGUCUGUGUGUCUUCUCUCCUGGCUGAAUGUAGCUGUCUGUCUGCAGCUUUAAGAGCUCCAUCCAAAAAUGUCACGCCGUCCUGCUCAGUCUGACAGCCACAAGUUAGGUGGGUUUCUUUGCCCUGAGCGGAGCCUCACAGGCAGCAGAACAAGAAGAAGAGGAGGGAGGGUGGGUCCUGAGGCCUUUCUCAGUACACUCAUGUACUCACGUUCAACCUUGACUUUACUGCGACACGUCCCCUCAGAGUUUUUGGGGGGUGAAGUAAAAAGCUUUAUUGGGCGUUCACUGCGCUGAUGGUAACGUGCAGUCAACAAUCAAACUAAAUUAAUAUUCACCACGCUGCCUCUGUUCAAUUCAUAUUUAUAUAUCUGUAGAUUUAUAUUAAAAUGUGGUGACACCUGUUCAUUGUAUAAAAAACCUUCGUCGUUACAUCAUCAUCAAGGGGGAGUCAACAGUGACGAGGUCUGCAGCGUGUGUUUUGAUGAAGUAAACGUUACCCUGAGAACUUCACUACCUUGGCGAGACGAGGGGAGACUGCUGUAGACGGCGAACCCUGGCAGGCGUUUGGGGUCACUUUUGCAUUGUAUUGUGAGAUGUUUUUUAAAAUGAAGGGAAAAUAUCUGCGUAGGUGUGGGCGGGGACUAAGGGCUCAUUUAUGCUCAACUUAAGGCCCUGACACACCAAGCCGACAGUCGGCCGUCGACCAAAGUCGGGCCAUCGGUGAGCGUUUGUCACCCUAGUUUUUGCGGUGUGUCCCGCUGCCCACAGACCCGCUGCUUCUUCCCACUUUAACCUGAAUAACAAACCGGAGCUAGCUGGGAGCGGCUAGCGGAGCGUUAGCCGCAGCAUGACCGGAGGGAAGCACAGCCAGUUAGCCUCCGCUAGUCUCUGAGCUAGCCCCGGCUCUCCGUUUGGAUCCAACCGGAGCACCGAGCCCUGGUUUGUUAUUCAGGUUAAAGUGGGAAGAAGCAGCGGGUUUAUCGGGCAGCUGAGUGAAGUGGAGCCUGCGGAGGAAACACCGGGACCGUCUGGAUGUAAUAGUCCGUGGAGGUGCUGCGGUGCUCGGCUGCACAGAUAGGAAACCCCUCGGCUGACAGGAUGUACCACUCUCUCACUCCGCUCUCUCUCACGCAGGCGCACAACAUACGUGCUACUUGGCCGUCGGAUGUAGUCCG